GAAUUCCAGAUAACGCAUUCUCUAUACCAUAUGGAAUGAUUUGUAUCCUUGUCUGGUUUUCCGGGAAGAAUUUAUUAAUUUCUUUCAGGAAUUUGGCCCAGUUGACUUUCUCGGGAAAACCCAACUCCAGUCCUGCCAACCUGUUUCAUAUAUAUGGGCUGCCACUCUUUUCAUAUAUUCCCAGUCUCACCCAUCUCCUCCUUCCUCAACUGUUUCUCCUUUCUGGUAUUUCUUCUUUGCUUCAAAACCCUUCAUUUGUUUAUUACUUGUUCAAUGUUGACGUGAUUGAUCACCCCUGUUUCGGGUAUUUGAAUUUAUACCCGAUUGUGUUGAAAGAAUCUGUAUUUGGGUUUGUUAAGGUCCGCCAAACCCAAUUGUUGAAAGAAUUGCACUGUCAGAGAUGACUGUUGAGAAUCAAGACCUGAAAAAGAAGUCUUUUAUUCACAAGAUUUUCACCAUGAAAGACAGAGAAGUAAUUGGCUCAUCUGAUUUUCCUGAAAUACAAUCUGAUCCGGUGCUUGACAGUCAAUCAAUAAGUGGCACAGGUGGUCAAAUGCCUGUUGGUCGAGAUGUUCAGUCCUUUCGAGUGUUUGUAGCAACCUGGAAUGUAGGAGGGAAAUCUCCCCAUAGUAGCCUUAACCUGGACGAUUUUCUUCAGGUUAAUAAUCCGGCAGACAUAUAUGUUUUGGGUUUUCAGGAAAUUGUUCCUUUAAAUGCUGGAAACGUGUUAGUUCUAGAAGAUAAUGAACCUGCUGCAAAAUGGCUUGCUUUAAUCAAUCAGUCGCUGAAUAAAUCAACAAAUGGAUCUUCAAGACUUACAGCGAGCCUUGGUGGUUCAUUGUUUUUCUCAAAACCGUCCCUCAAAAAGGUCAGCAAGUCUUUUCGAACAGAGAGCAAGAGAAAGCUGAAGAGUUGCAACUGCACUUAUGAACUAGAAAGGAAGCAUAGUAAAGAUUUCUGUUUUCGAUGCCAACAACCAAAUAUAAAUGAAGAUGAUUUGUCUUCUGAACCAGAUGAAGAGGGAUCUAAUGGCUUUGAUAUCUCAGAAAUGUCCAUUUCUUCUACUACCAGCCAGAUGAAGUAUAGCCUUGUAGCAAGUAAGCAAAUGGUAGGCAUUUUUGUUACUCUUUGGGCAAGGAAGGAGUGUGUACAAUAUGUUAGUCACUUGAGAAUCUCCUGCAUUAGUCGUGGCAUCAUGGGCUGUCUUGGAAACAAGGGUUGUAUUUCGGUCAGCUUUCUAUUCCAUCAGACAACCUUUUGUUUCGUCUGCAGUCACUUGGCAUCCGGAGAGAAAGAGGGGGAUGAGCUUAGGAGAAAUAUGGAUGUCUUAGAGAUUCUUAAGAAUACACAGUUUCCUAAGAUUUGCAGAACAGCUUAUAGUAGGGUUCCAGAUAAAAUCCUAGACCAUGACCAGGUCAUAUGGUUAGGGGACUUGAACUACCGCAUUGCAUUGAGCUACUCUGAAACCCGGAAACUUUUAGUCGACAAUGACUGGGAUACGCUUCUUGAUAAAGAUCAGCUCAAGAUUGAAAGAGAAGCAGGGAGAGUAUUCAAAGGAUGGAAAGAAGGAAAAAUUUACUUUGCGCCGACUUACAAAUACUUCUACAACUCGGACACUUAUUUUGGCGAGAUGAAAACAUCAAAGAAGAAAAGGAGAACACCAGCUUGGUGUGAUAGAAUACUAUGGCAUGGAAAUGGGAUUAGACAACUAUCAUACAUACGUGGAGAGUCCCGUUUUUCUGACCACCGGCCAGUUUGUGCUACAUUUAUUGUGGAUGUCGUGGUUAAUGAGUAUGGAUUGAAGAAGGAAAUACCUAGCUCUAAUAUGAAAGUUGAGAUUGAAGAGCUUUUACCAACAGAUAAUAGAUACUUGAGAAACUUGUACUAAACUUGCUAAGCAGAACCAUGGAAAGGUUGAAACAAUCCCC